AUGAAACUUGCCAUUAACUUGUAUAUAUAUCCGGACACAAAACAUUUGAGCAAACCACAAAGUUUACCAAAUAUACCUUGCGAUAAUGGGAAUCCUAAGAGGUCUUCAACAUCUGGAGGUGUUCCAAAAGGUUAUUGUGCAGUAUACGUAGGAGAGAGUCAAAAGAAGAGAUUUGUUGUGCCAGUAUCAUACUUGAAUCAACCAUCAUUUCAAGACUUGUUAGCUCAACCUGAAGAAGAGUUUGGCUUUGAUCAUCCAAUGGGUGGUCUUACAAUACGUUGCAAAGAGGAUGUGCUCGUUGAUCUCACUUCUCGCUUGAGGAGAUUAUAAGUAGGACGAUGGCGCAAAUUCUUCUGCCCGUGAAGUUUUGUAAAGCAAUAGGAUUAGAAAUGAGAAAGAUAUACAGAUAGUAGACAUCGAGAAAACAGUUCCUUGUUUUUUCCUUAACCAUUUCGUAUAGUAGUAGUAAACAAGGAUAAUGUUCUUGUAAAGUUGAGUUAAAUUGACCAACCUCCUGUAAAGUGGAUAUAGCCAAGUUUUAUUUAAGCAAAAUUUGCUCAAACCUUUUGUUCA